AUGUACUCACCGACAGAGCGCUUGCAAUGGGACAAGAGCCCCUGGGUGGCGCAUGAGAUUCUAUAUUCUGGUGUCAUGGACAGUGGAGCUGUGCGCGAUAUCUUGUAUUCGCGGGUCAGCAUUGCACCUGGCAUCAGCGAUCGAGAUUUAAUUCAGGAGCGCUUCCUGAUGAAGCUCCCUGAGGAGCAAGGUGAUGGCUAUGCAAUUCUUAUGUGUUCUUGCUCCGAUGAGCUGGCUGCGACCUUGGGGCGACCAGCAGACACUUCGAGUUCCACCGUGGUCCGCAGCAAGGACCUCCUCUCCGCCUACAUCCUUCGACCCCGGGAAGCACGCGGGAGCUUUUGCUUGCAGACGCUGUCACAGAAAGAUGUUGGCAGUCAUGUACCAUCCUUCCUGCAGCACAUGGCCCGCAGCGUAGGGAAGCGGAAGCCCUUGGAGAUGGCGAUGCAGCUUCAGAGCCACUGCGAGCAGCGCCAAGGUUAUGGUGCAGGCGUGAAAAAAGCGACCACCGCAGCAGCGGCAACGCCGUACCAAAGGACAUGGGGCAUCAAUGUUGAAAUGCAGACAGCUCGAGGAUGA